UGUUGCUAAGUCUGCUGGGCUCCUCUGAUCCUGCAGGGGCUUCAGCUGCAGCACAGAGCCCCGCUGUGCCGUGCACCAGGAGCAUUUCCCCACUCAGUGACAAAUGCACCCCCCUCCGUGGCACUGCUCUGCUGCCCACUCUGCCAGCAAGAGCAAUAGCAGUACCCAGCCUGAAAUCUCUGUCCUCAGUUCAAGAAGCUCCUUCUCGAGCACCCAGCUCGUUUCUCUCGUCCCCGACGUGAACCAAGUCCCCUUGGGCUGGCGCUGUCCCUACAGCCAGGAAGCACACCGUUCCCAGCAAAGCACGAGCGGUGCCAUGGGGCACAGUUUCCAGCUCUGCGUCCAACUGGGUCCUUUCCCAGGCGUCCUGAGACUGUUUUACAGCAGUAGUGAGAGUGGUUAAUUUAAAAGAGUUGUAGAGUGCCAAGCAGAUACACGGGGAUUAUUUCCACUCCGUGGCUUCCCAAUGCCAUGCACACACUGCUGUAAGAAAUCCCUAUGCAUACCACUGGCCCUAAAGAAGGCGCAUGGGAAAAUGCCCUUACAAAACGAAUCCUUAAAUUUCAGCCUGGUAGAGCAUCCAAGUGCGCAGCAAAGCCAAGACAAACAGAGUGCUGCUCUCUCCUGAAAGCGUGUGCGGUUUGGAAAUCUCCGUUGUUGCUAUAUCCAAGACAAUGAUUCAUCCUCCCUGGGGGGUUCUGCCUUGCCUCCGCAUGUUUCGCAACGCUGCCCAGCUUUAUAACAGCGUGGUUGCAUGCGGUGACUCCUCGCAGAUUUCUCAGCUCGCCUGCGUGUGAGGAGGAGGCUAAUCCUUCUAAUGAUGAUUUUCCUCUUCCAGCACUUGGUCUUGCUGGCCAUAGACUUGUUUCUUGCAAUGACCCUUUCCUGCUUCCUUUAUGCCUUUGCAUUCGUUUCCAUCGCGUUUUUGACCUGCUGCAUUAUCUUCUUGUCCUUUGGCAUUGUGGAGAAGAACAUUGACGUAAAAGGGAGAGCAAUUGUGAUUCUCGUGUCCAACAGCUCCAUUGGGAGGACAUUUGCCAGGAACCUGGAUAAAGCAGGUUUUAGGGUGUCUGCUGCGCACUGGCGUCCUCAAGAGGAGGGGACAACCACGAAAGAAGAGUGCUCUUCGAGCAUGGAGGUAGCACAGCUCCACAUGACUGAUGAUGAGUAUCAGAAGACAAUGAAAACCUUCAUAGAAAGCCACUUGUCCCUGAAAGGCAUGUACGGGUUGAUGAAGAAGCCGUCAAUCUUGAUAUGGGAAGAAGAGGAACCAGACACAUGCAGGUUACCCGAAAGAAAAACCUUUUAUACAUGGAAAAGGGUUUUCAAGAGUCCAGCCCUCUGUGUCGCUGUCCUCUUCUGCCCACUGAACUGUGCCCUGACUUCCCUGAAGAAGAGAGCUCUGCAGCUUCUUGUGCCCCUGAAGCCCAAAAACUGAGAGGUGAGGCAGCAUGCUCACGGCUCACUUACAUACACCUGACAGCCAGCCAGCAUCUCCCGCAAGGCCAGCUCUUAGCGCUGCUGGGACAGGGCACAGGGACACAGAGGGCUGGGGGGCCAGGAGCACAGCCCAGAGCAGCUCCUGCACCUCCAGCGCUGACACCUGUAGGACGCUUCCUUUCCUUCCCUUUCCACACUGAUCUGGCCCCGAGGAGUCCAGCCUGGGGCACAGCCGCACACAGCCAGCCACUCGGGGAGCUACGCCAAGCCAAAUUAUCAGAGGCAGAGUAUUAGGUGCCCUCUGGCAUCUUGCUGGGAUUUAAGAUUCACGGUAGUUGCUUUUGAAGUGCAAAGCGAGCUGAUGCAUUGCUGGAUCAUCCUGCCCCCAUUCCUGUCUUCUCUCUGCUGCUCUGAUGGCUCGAGCUACAGGUAGUCCGGCACACACCUAGGAGAACAACUGAAAUAGUGCACUCUUACAUGUCCCUGCUUUAGACAAAGCACCCAGAGCCAGCUGUGAUUCACCCUAGUUAUUAAUCCAGGCUUUAGGACAGAGGAAGGGGAAAAAAAAAAAGCAAGCUACUGUGUGAGAAGGAUCCCCAGGUAUGCCAGCUGGUUGGUCUGAUCUUUUCCUGCAAAAGGGGGAAGAGCCCCUGGCUCUCCAUCUGAACCUCUCCCAUCAAGUGCCUACUUCUCUGUAGCACCUUUACUUUGAUCUCUCUGAGUUUGGAUCAAGCUACAUAGCUUGCUGUAGAUGCUGUGUUGAACGUUACACGGAGCUAAAGUCCUUUCCCCGCACUGCAAGACGUUCAGCAGAGGCAGCUGUAGGGGCAGUGAUACAGUGCAGGCGUGGUGAGGGAGGGAGAGCAGGCAAUGGCCUAGCCUGAGUGAAGCCAGAUGGAAUGACUGAACGGCACUGAACAGCUACAGCUCUCCCAACGUCUUUCAGCAGGGAAGGAAACCCAUGGAGCAACACAUGCUGAUUUUGUAACGGCACCAUGAGAAGACGCUACAGGAAGGAGCACGGCUGGGAUCACAGGUGACAAACUCCUGGCAGGGGAGAAUAUAAGCAGGGACUUCAAUCACAGGACAAUGAAAAACUCUGCAGAUGAAGACAGAAAGCAACUCCUGAACUGUGAGACAGCUCUCUAACUCACCUGCAAGUCUAAUCUGUAAGGAAGACAACUUAAGAUUUGGGGUGUACAGUACAACACCGUACUGUACGCACUGGGAUACAUGCAGAGAAAGAAAAAACAUAUGAAGUGAAAGGAAAUAAAGGAAAAACUCUGCUGAGAAGAGAAAUGCUAGGGCUUGGUUUUCAUUAUCUGAAGCCACAACUCAGAACUGUCCAACUGAUGGUAAGAGAUGCCACCCGCCCAGGAGCUGUGUCCAGAGAGAAAAAAGAAAGCUUUCACAACGACUUCUAUAAGACACUAAAUCAGCUUGGUAUCCAGCCAGAUUGAAAACAAGUAUUUUCAUUCCAGAACAUCAGAGCACUGGGAGAGAACAUGCUAAAGCAGAAAGUUCCUGAAUGACAACCUUGCGGUUUUAGUGUUUAUGCAUUUGGCAAGUGGCCCAUUAUAUGAAUAACACCAAUGCCAUAUAUUCUGCAGAAUAUUCCCGGAAAGGUUUCCUUUGGCCAGAACCCAGUGUUGAGCCAGAACUCUCAGCUCCCUCACUGCGUCAUCCCAUCCUGCGCACAUAACCCUGUGCAAUUGCAGCUGAUAACCAGCAUUUUCUCCCCCAGUCUACUGCAGGGAACUUGGGUGGGCUGCUACACGGUACUGCUUUCCCCCCCAAAGCGACCUUCACUCAAAGGCCAACACCUACUUGUGUGCACAGCAGCAUUCACAGUCUGCCCCUAGAGAUGCUACAUGAACAAAGCUCCCCAGGAUUUCACUGGA